UUGGCGUGCUGUGUUUUAUGAUUUGUUUGUACCGAAUGUAAUGGUGCACUAGUUUCGGCAAGUUUGUAAUAUAAAUCAAUUUGCUAAAGGAAUAAUUUAAUUUUUUAGAUGUUAUAUUGACAGUAAUCAGAUGGGUGAUUUCUAGGAAUAUAUUAUUUGAUUUGUGGAUUUCAUAAUUUUUUUGGCCUAGCUGAGCAUUUUCAAAAUUGCCAGAAUGUCUGAUACAUGGAGUGAUAUACAAGCUUUUAAAUCCAAACAAAUUAGUUUACGUGAAAAGCUUCAGAGGCGUAAGAAAGAAAGAGAAGGUUUAGUCUUGGGCAUUGCUAAUGAAUUAAAUGCAGGAAGUCCCAGGAGCAACAGUCCUGUUCCAAAUUCUGUAGUGGACAAAGAGGAAAUUAACUCUGCACCAGAUAUAAAAGCAGAUCCUUUUAUCGAACAUAAAUUAUUGUUGUGCCUUUGUGAUGCCAUUAAUUUGCCAACAGAUUCCAGAAAUUUAGUUAAUAUGAUUGUAAAAUCUUUGAACAAAGAAGUUCCACAUGUUGUUGUGGAGAACUUACUACAAAAGUUUGCUGCUCAAGAGCUUAUAACUGUCACAGAAAGUUACACAAAUGAAGGUACAAAAUGUAUCCUAGUUUCAUCAGCAGAACAUACAAAGUUACAAGCUAUGGCAAAUGAUUUAUGUGCUCAGGAUCCAAAUUUAAGCUCUGCUCUCAAAGCUGAAAAAAGGAGUGCUGAAGAGGCAUUGGAACAAGAACCUAAAACAAAGAUUAUUUGCAAAUCUAAAGAUGCUUCCAAGAGCAAUAAAGAUACCGAUACUAUUGAGAAUUUAUUAUCAUUACCAUCUGCCAGAGAAAAAGAAACCAAGAAAUUAGGUGAAGAAAUUUUAGAUUUGUUAAGUAAACCUACAGCCAAAGAACGAUCCCUUGUUGAACAAUUUCGUUCACAAGGUGGAGCCCAAGUACAAGAGUUUUGUCCUCAUGGUACAAAAGACGAGUGCACUAAAGUGACCGAUGCUAAUCAACCAUGUAACAAACUUCAUUUUAAGAAAAUCAUUCAAAAGCACACUGAUGAAUCACUUGGGGACUGUUCAUUUUUGAAUACUUGUUUUCACAUGGACACUUGCAAAUAUGUUCACUAUGAAGUAGACUAUUCAUCUGUAUCUCAGAUAUCCAAGAUUCACAAGCCUGAAAAGUCUGAUUCUCCAUUACCUGCAGACGGAAGCAAACCUAUAUUGUUUCCAUCUCAGUGGAUUCAAUGUGAUCUUCGUUAUUUUGACAUGUCUAUUUUAGGAAAGUUUGCUGUUGUAAUGGCUGAUCCACCAUGGGAUAUACAUAUGGAACUUCCUUAUGGUACUAUGUCUGAUGAUGAAAUGAGACAUUUAAAUAUUCCCAGUUUACAAGAUGAAGGGCUUAUAUUUUUGUGGGUAACAGGACGUGCUAUGGAGUUGGGCAGAGAAUGUUUACAAUUGUGGGGGUAUGAACGAUGUGAUGAAAUAAUUUGGGUGAAAACUAAUCAGUUGCAAAGAAUAAUAAGAACAGGGAGAACUGGCCAUUGGUUGAAUCAUGGAAAAGAACAUUGUUUAGUUGGUGUCAAAGGUAAUCCUAAAAAUAUUAACAGAGGUCUUGACUGUGAUGUGAUAGUAGCUGAAGUUAGAGCUACAAGUCAUAAACCAGAUGAGAUAUAUGGAAUUAUAGAAAGGCUUUCACCUGGUACACGUAAAAUUGAACUUUUUGGACGACCUCAUAAUGUUCAACCAAACUGGAUCACUCUUGGAAAUCAGGUAGAAGGUGUUCGCUUGAUUGAUCCUAUGCUUAUUGAUGUAUUUAAGAAAAAAUAUCCUGAUGGGAACUGCAUGAAAAAACCAGACACAUAAAUAAAACAAAUACUAUAGUUUGUGCUUGAAAUAAGAUUUUUGUUUAUAUUCAUUGUUCAAGACGAAAUUCUUCCAUUCUAUUAUUUCAUUUUGUGGAAUUAAAUUUUUAUUUUUGAUGUUAAGAAAAUUUUAUACAAAACAAUGUCAAAAGCUUCAGAAAAUCCUAACUUUUGAAUUGAAAUUGAAUCAGGCAUUGAUUAACAAUCCAAUUUUUAGGUCUUGAAAAUUUUGGCCAAAACACUAUUGAUGAAAUAUUUUAUUACAUUCAAGUUUAAUGCAUUUUUAGAAAUGAGUGUCAUAAUUUUUAGGCAAAACUAUUUAAUAAAAUAUUAUUUUGCUAAAAUUCUUAAAGUAGAAACUUUUGACAAUUUUUAAAAACAUAUUUUACAAUGAAAUUAUGAUGAUGAGCAUGAUUCAUAUACAUAUUCAGCAUGAUUUUCAAACAUUAGAUUGCUGUUGAUCUUAAAUAAACUUAAUAAUGUAUGAUUUUAGGUACUUUGUUUCUUGCCUCAGUGAAAUACCUUAAUAUACACCAAUGAUCUAAAUACUGAAU